AUGAACAACAGUAGCAACGCCAAUAACAAUAAUAAUAACAAUAACAAUAACAAUAAUAAUAAUAUUAAUAAUAAUAAUAAUAAUAAAAAAUCGAUGGGUAGUACUACAAACAAUAACAACAAUAACACCAAUAAUAAUAAUAGUAGUAGCAAUAUCAAUAACAGCAACAAUAAUAACAAUAAUGAAAAAUUAGCAACAUCACCUACAGUGGCUGCAUUGCCAACUAAUAAUAAUAAUAAUAAUAAUAAUAAUAAUAAUAAUAAUAAUAAUAAUAAUAAUAAUAUUAAUAAUAAUAAUAAUAUUAAUAAUAAUAAUAAUAAUAAUAAUAAUAAUAAUAAUAAUAAUAUUAAUAAAAGUGGUAGUAAUAAAAACAAAGAUCGUCCAAAAUCCAAAGGUAAACAGUUGGUAUCACCCACACCAAUUUCACCACCAACAUCACCAAAUCUACCAAUCACAUCUCAAGCAUCACCAACAUUACAACAAGCAAAAGAUGACAAAAAUCCUUCAAAUACAAACUCUACACAAAUAAAAGAUACACCCUCUCCAUCAGUAAAAAAUCCGUCAACCCAAAAUAAUAAUAAUAAUAAUAAUAAUAAUAAUAAUAAUAAUAAUAAUAAUAAUAAUAAUAAUAAUAAUAAUAAUAAUAAUAAUAAUAAAAAGGUUAAAAAAGAUGUAAAAAAGGAUAUUAAAGAAACUGAAGGUGGUAUUGCCAAAUCUUCAACAGAUGGCACAACUGGAUUGGUUGCUGCCACCCCACCUCCAAAUAAUAAUAAUAAUAAUAAUAAUAAUAAUAAUAAUAAUAAUAAUAAUAAUAAUAAUAAUAAUAAUAAUAAUAAUAAUAAUAGCAAUAACAAUAACAAUAAUAAAAAUCGUAAUAACAGAGGCAAAAACAACAGUGGGCAAAAUUCUGCAAAUGGGGAUUCAUCCACAGAUGUUAAAAUAGAAAGUACACCUGAAAAACCUCAACCAAUACAACCAGAUGUGCAACCACAAUCACAAAUUCAACAAAAUUCAUCACAAAUUCAAAAAAAUUCAUCACAAAAACAAAACCAAACCCAAAGAUCACAAUCAAAAAAGCAACAAAGACAACCUCAACGACCAUUACAAACCCAAUCACAACCACAACCACAACCACAACCACAACCACAACCACAACCACAACACCAAACUCAACCCCAACCCCAACCCCAACCCCAACCCCAAAUUCAACCUCAAACUCAACCCCAAAUUCAACCUCAAACUCAAAAUCAACCCCAAACUCAAAAUCAAACUCAACCUCAAAAUCAAACUCAAACUCAACCUCAAAAUCAAACUCAAACUCAACCUCAAAAUCAAACUCAACCUCAAAAUCAAACUAAACCUCAAAUUCAACCUCAAACUCAAACUCAAAAUCAAAAUCAAACUCAAAAUCAAAAUCAAACUCAAAAUCAAAAUCAAACUCAAAAUCAAACUAAACCUCAAACUCAAACUCAAACUAAAUCUCAAAUUCAACCUCAAAAUCAAACUUAUACUGAACAAAAACAAAGACAACAAAAAACACCAAGAUCACAGGUUCAACAAAAGUCUCAAGAAAGGACCACCCCACCAAAACCUUCUCCAAACCAACCACAAUCUGCACCAAAUGUUAAUUCUCCCCAAGCAGUGGUAGCACCCAAAUCACAAACAAAGAGCAAUGAUCAAAAACAUAAAACCAAUGAUCGUAGAUCUGAAACUAAAGUAGGAAAGAAGUCCAAUUUCGAGGCCAAAGCUGAGAAAGUUAAUGUGGAGGACAAAGUAGAAAACAAAGUAGAAAACAAAGUGGAAAACAAAGUUGAGAACAAAGCAGAAAACAAAGUUGAAAAUAGGUUGGAAAAUAUAGUUGACAAAAGACUAGAUAAUAAAUCUUUAAACACUGUGGAAAUUAAAGGAGAACAAAAAAGGGAAAAUACAGUUGAGCAAAAAGAAAUGAGAGGAAGAAAUAAUACUUCAAAUGGCAGAAAUAACAUUAGAUCAAAACCAUCUCAGCAAACAAUUAAAUCUUAUUCACAACCACCACAACAACAACAACAACAACAACAACAACAACAACAACAACAACAACAACAACAACAACCACAACCACAACAACAACAACAACAACAACAACAACAACAACAACAACAACAACAACAACAACCACAACAACCACAACAACAACAACAACAACAACAACAACAACAACAACAACAACAACAACAACCACAACAACAACAACAACAACCACAACGAAAGCAACAACAACCAAAACAACCACAACAACAACAACAACAACAACAACAACAACAACAACAACAACAACAACAACAACAACAACAACAACAACCACAACAACAACCAAAACCACAACAACAACAACCAAAACAACAACAACAACAACAACAACAACAACAACAACAACAACAACAACAACAACAACAACAACAACAACCACAACAACAACAACCAAAACAACAACAACUACAACAACAACCACAACAAUCACAACAACGACCAAAGCAACAACAACAACAAAAAUCACAACAACAACCAUCCCAAUCACAACCAACAAAACAACAACAACAACAACAACAACAACAACAACAACAACAACAACAACAACAACAGCAACAACAACAAAAAACCCAAUCAAAAGAACAAAAACCAAGAUUUCAAAAAGAAAAUGCAGCAGAAAAUAAAUUUGAGAAAUUAAAAAAUAAUAAAACAAAAGAGAGUUACAUUAACAAAUUAGACCCAUCAUCAGCCACAACAACUAAUGUAGCAGUAAAUAAGAAUAUCAGCAAUGUUUCAAAUUCAAAUCCAGUUUCACCUAAACCAGCCACAUCAUUACCAUCAACAGCCACUGUUGUUUCACCAACUAAAUUUGAUUCUGCAUCUGGUUCAACAUCAAAUAAAAUUAACAUUACCUCUUCUUACUCUAAUAAUAAUAAUAAUAAUAAUAAUAAUAAUAAUAAUAAUAAUAAUAAUAAUAAUAAUAAUAAUAAUAAUAAUAAUAAUAAUAAUAAUAAUAAUAAUAAUAGAAACAACCAAAGAAAUAAAUCAAAUUAUAAAAAACCAACAACAACACCAUCAAAACCAGUUGAAACCACCCCAUCACCAUCACAACCAUCAACAUCACCAUCUCAAACAUCAGCUGCAACCACCACAACAACAAACACAGCAACUACAACAUCAGCAAACCCAUCACCAGUUAUAGUACAACCAACCUUAGUUUCAGUUUUAGAAGAGAUAACUAAAGAAACAACACCUGCAUAUCACUCCCAACAAGUUCCAACAACACCAAUUAAUAAUACGCAAACAUUACUACCAACAACAACAACAACAACAACAACAACAAUAAAUAACUCUGAAAUAGAAGUCGAAAUUAAAAAAUCGAAAGUUUUAGAGGAAAAUACAAAUGAAUCCACUGAAAUUUCAGUUGAACCAAUACAACCAAUCCAUACGCCACCACAACAACAACAACAACAACAACAACAACAACAACAACAACAACAACAACAACAACAACAACAAAUACCAUUAUACCAAAAUACUUAUCAUGCAUAUCAAUCUCCAUCACCACAACCAUAUAAUCAUAUGAUGCCACAAUUGGUAUAUCAACCUAAAGGCAAUUUCAAUUCAUUCCCACCACCUCAACAACAACAACAACAACAACAACAACAGUAUCAUACUUAUAUUAGGAAACCAAAUGCUCAAUUACAACCAAUUGAAAUGCAAAAGAAACCAAAGUUACCAAAAUCUUAUUUCCAACCACAACAAUACCAAAUGCAACAACAACAACCACAACAACAAUAUUUUCAACAUUUUCCUCAAGACCCAUAUUAUCCAUAUAAUCAAAAUCCAUACUAUUAUACACCACCACCACAAUAUUGGAACCCUAAUUGGUAUAAUUAUCCACAACACCAACCAACUGAUUUAUAUGAUUAUCCACAAAACCUUUCAACCGAAAUCGACCCAAAUGAAACCCAUCAAGUUAAAUAUCAGUAA